AUGGCAGUUGAAGCAGCAGCAGCAGCAGGAGACUGUGCAAAGGAAGCUUUAUACAGCCUGGCUUCGCGGGCAAAAGCGCUGGCAGCAGCAGAAGAGUUCAGCAGCAAGGAGUUGCUUUGGGUUGCUGCUGGCUUCGCUCGAGCAAGCUUUGCUGCUGCUGCUGCCUUUUUUGCUGCUGCUGCUCAGUCUCUUGUCAACAGGUGGGAGGGGGCCUCCUCUUUGGCUGACGCUGCCCCCUUCCUUUUGGCUGCAACGAAGGUUUCGAGCUGCGGAGACACCGCAACGCAGCUGCUGCUGCAGCAUGCUGCUGCUGCUGUGGAUGUCUGGCCAACAAGGCCUCAACAGGCCCACCAGCAGCAGCAGCAGCAGCAGCAGCAGCAGCAGCAGCAGCAGAAGCAAGUGCGGCUGCAUCGGCGAAAGAAGUGCCCUGAGGAGCCCUCCUAUACUGCUGAGGAUUUGGGGCUGCAUGCGUUUCGGGUGUAUCUGCAGCUCGUCAUGGCGCUCGUAUUUAGUUACAUCUGCAGCAGCAACCUAUUUGCUGCAGCAGCUGCUGCUUCGCUGCAGCUGCAUGCAGUUGCUGCUGCUGCAUGUCUGCAGGCCAGGAGCAGCAGAAAUGCGGAUAUAAAUGUGGAGCGCUUUCUCGCCACCCUCGAAGCAAACCUGGAGGAGUGCAGCAGCUCAGACUGGAAUGAGCUGCACCAGCUGGCAGCUCUUCUGGGUAUCCAGCACCACCCGCAGUGGGUGUCUUUAACAGCUGCUGCUGCAGGCCGCAUCCACCGCCAGCUGCUCAUGCAGCAGCAGCAGCAGCAGCCGCAGCAGCAGCAGCAGCCGCAGCAGCAGCGGCGGGCUGCAGCCAGCAGCAGCAGCAGCAGCAGAAGCAGCGCAGCUGAGUACGAGCUGGACGUAGAUGACUUCCUUGCAAACCUCCGCUUGCGUCUGGGAGCGUCUUCGUCUCCAGGCGGACCAUUGGUCCUCUAA